UCCCCUUGACCGCUUCAGAGCUGAGUGUUAACCGGACUCCCUCUGAAAAUAAUAAAAAGGAAGCACUCAGAAUAGGGUUCAUGAACAUAAGGUCGCUUUCAUCGAAGGCGCUCUUGGUCCAUGAUCUAAUCAUUGAUAAAAAGAUCGACAUACUGGGGCUUUGUGAAACCUGGUUAAAACCAGAUGAGUUUCUAGCCCUAAACGAAGCUACUCCACCCCACUACGUUAGCACCCAAGUAUCUAGAGAAGUUAAGAAAGGUGGUGGAGUAGCCCUGAUAUCUAAUUCUAAGCUUAAUUUAAAGCCAAAGAAUAGAUAUAUUUUCAGAUCCUUCGAGGUGCUAGCGCUUUGCACCUCAGCUCCCAGAGAAGCAAAACGAGUUCCAGACUCUUUUGUUUUAGCUGUAGUAUACCGUCCCCCAGGACCGUAUUCAGUUUUUCUCGAUGAGUUUUCUGACUUUGCAGCUGAUCUGGCUACAUACUCAGACAAUGUUUUGCUUAUUGGGGAUUUCAACAUUCACGUGAAUAACCCGUCUGAUGCCCUCACAAGGGCGUUUCUGUCCAUUACGGAUACGCUUGGUUUCAAACAGCUCGUCCAGCACCCAACCCAUAUCGGUGGAAACACGCUGGAUCUCGUUCUGACCCGCGGUGUAGACAUUUCACAGCUAGUGGUCUCUUCCUAUACCUCAGCUUUAGCAGACCAUUUUUUGCUCACUUUCCAGGUGGUGGUAUCCUGCCCCUGCGACGAUCAACAAGCUACUUUCAGCUGUCGCCGCAUCACACAUGCAACCACCUGGGGAGACUGGUCUCUCCUUGACAAGAGGCCGCGUAGGGAGGAUACAGGCACUACGGAUGAUGGUGGAGAGAAGGCGGGUGCUACAUUGACAGCAGCCUGCAAGGAGGCUGAAGGCUGUUGGGAUGUGGAGGCAGCCUGUGUAGAGGCAGAAGCUGUAGUGGCAGGUUGGGAGCUCAGUGCGUCCUUCUUCACCCUAAUGGCAUAG